ACUUAAAACUUCAGUCGACUCUGUUGCUUCGGCAAAGGCUAUGCGUAAAAUUAUAUUCCCUGUUCUUAGUUGGGAGCAUAAGCGAAAAUUCCGUUAAUGCGGUAGUAACAGUAACUAUAAUUCAUAAAAAAAUUACGGGUAAACGUUUAUUUGAGGUAAUUGCCACGAUUUAUGAUGAAAAAACUGUUAACAUUUAGUGAGAAAAUUGUGUAACUAUGAAUUCAUCACAACAAUUAAAGAGGUUUGGUUUAUUUCAACAAUGGUUGGCGGGUACCGAAUUGUUCCUGUUAUCGGUGAUGGUGGGUUCAAUAGCAGGAUGGACUUCACCAUACUUGGCUAAAUUGGAUGAAAUAGAGAAUCCAGAUUCUGAACUACCAAUAAAUAAAGUCGAGGCUUCAUGGAUAGCAUCGCUCAUCAAUCUUUCCCGGCCAGGUGGUGCAAUUUCAGGAGCAAUAUUUACUCAUAUUAUCGGUACAAAAUUAUCUUCGCUGUGUGUUGGAAUACCAGUAGCACUUGGCUGGGUCUUAUUUCUCAUCAAGAAUUCGGUGACUUUUGUUUAUGCGGCACGUACACUUGGCGGUAUCGGAUUCGGAAUGUUUUUCAGUUGUUUUCCACUGUACAUCGGAGAAAUUUCGCAUCCCAAGAUUCGAGGUGCAUUAGUAGCUUUAGUUAUGCAAGGUCUUAUGGUGGGUAAUUUAUGUGGCACGAUAAUGGGAAAAUUUGUUGAUAUGUGGGUUUAUGCAGCCAUAAUUCUUGUGCCAAAUUUAAUAUUUUUAGUUUCAUUUGGUUUAAUGCCACAUACACCACACUAUUUAAUACGUUGUAAUAAAAUGGAAAAAGCUGCCAAAUCGAUUGAAUUUUAUGAUCGAAAUGCUGACGUUACAACCCAACUCGAAGAUCUUAAAGAAUUUAUCCAGACAAAUCAGUCAUUGACAUUUAGGGAUUCAUUGCGUCAAUUGAAUACACCAGUGAAUCGGAAAGCAUUGAUAAUGGUCAAUAUUAUUUUUGCUUUUUUUCAACUCAGUGGAAACUACACAGUAAAUGCCUACAUGGAAAUUUUGUUAACGAAAGCGCGUAUAAACGUUAUAGUGCCUUCAACUUUAGUAAUUAGUGGAAACGUUGUAAGCAUUUUAUCUAGUUGGUUAUCAAUUUACACGAAUGAUAAGUAUGGUAGACCUCUGAUGCUUCUGAUUUCUUCUACCGGUGUAGGAAUCGCGAUGUUUUUAUGGGGACUUCAUUAUCAAUUAUUGGAUCUCAGUUUCAAUAGUCCAAAUUUACAGUGGAUGUCUAUAGUUGCAUUAGUUAUAUAUCAAAUGUCAGUUCCCGUAGGCUUGCUGGCGGUACCUUCUACAUUGAUAAGUGAAAUGUUUGCACCAAAUGUGAAAAAUCUCAGUGCUUCGAUCAGCAGUGUAAUGUCUGGAAUAUGUGCAUUUGCUGCAAGCAGAAGUUAUCAACCUAUGGUAGACGUAUUAUCUGAGAAAUAUGUAUUUUGGAUUUAUAGUUUACUCAUGUUUACUGCCGGACUGUAUUCAAUAAUUUUUAUUCCUGAGACAAAAGGUAAAUCUCUUGCGGAAAUACAACAAAUGUUAUCUCAAGGCGUUAAAGUAAAAUCAAACAAUGAAAAUAAACUAAGUAACGAAAUUAAAGUUGCUGAAAAAAUAUGACAGUUGUGAUAUAGAUAAAAUUAGUUUAAUUUAUAUGAUUAUAAUGACUAUGAUUUUUUUUUAUAUUUUAUAUUUGUAUUUGUUUUUGAUAAAAACUAAAUCCUAAGCAACUAUAAAAUCUAUGAUUCUUAAUAA